AUGUCCAACGCAGGCAAUGUCAUCGGUGGCCACAAAGCCAACCUGAAUAACCCCAACACCUCUGAGGAGGCCAAGCAGCACUCCCGCGAGAUUCUUGAGAACGAGUUUGAUGGCGGCAACACUCAACAGCACUCCCAGGAGGGCAAGAAUCCCAACAACGUCGCGGGCGGCCUGAAGGCUACCAUCAACAACCCUCAGGUCUCGAACGAGGCGAAGGAGAGCGCGAAGGAACGCUUGAAUCAGAUGAAGUAG